AUGUUGCACCUCAACCUCUCAAGUCCUCUGUCUCUCUAUUCAAUCCCGGUUCUAUGGUUCCUUGCCUUCUAUCCAGCAGAGUGGCGAACCCUCCUCAUCGACGGCACCAUUGGCUACGACAAUGAACGGCCGCGUGGCAACUUAUUGAUAGCCAAGGCGAAUAAGCUGUCGCCUGAACUCAUCAGCAAACUUGAACGUCUUGACGGUGCCCAUCUGAAUGGGAACGAAGCGUUCCCACUCUGGGCCGCUGCCAUUAUCACCACCAAUCUGGUUGGCGUAGAUAAUCGUACCUUGAACAUUGCGUGUCUGUCAUAUGUCGGACUUCGUUUACUCUACAACACCAUAUAUAUAAAUUACAACAGUGCACUCAAGGGCUGGCUACGGACUGCUGUCUUCUUCACAGGACUUUCUAUCCCAUUGUGGCUUUUAGUAAAAUCAGCGAACAAACUCACAUGA